CAUUUCUGGUAGCACUGGAAGGCAGCACGACAGGCAGGAUUGGAGGUUCGUUCGGACUCGGUCAAACUCGACAGCCGAAGAGGGGGGCACUGUUGUCAUUCGUCAGGGCUGUCGAGCUUUUGUCCAGGAGAAAUGGCUGGGAUUAAAGCUCUCAUCAGCCUGUCUUUUGGAGGGGCCAUUGGCCUCAUGUUCCUCAUGCUAGGAUGUGCCCUCCCUGUGUACGACAAAUACUGGCCUUUGUUCCUCCUCUUCUUCUACAUCCUCUCUCCCAUCCCUUACUGCAUCUCACGGCGGGUGGUCGACGACACAGACUCGGCCAGUAACGCCUGCAAAGAGCUGGCCAUCUUCCUCACGACGGGCAUCGUCAUCUCAGCCUUCGGCCUGCCCAUCAUCUUCGCAAGAGCUGAAGUAAUUGCCUGGGGGGCGUGUGCGCUCGUGCUAACGGGUAACAUAGUCAUCUUUGGGACCAUCCUGGGCUUCUUCAUGGUCUUUGGAUCCAACGACGACUUCAGUUGGCAGCAGUGGUAAAACAGCAGAGGGAGGGGGACCUUAGUCGGAACUGUUCUUAUUAGCGUUACAAUUAUUAUUAUGGUAUUACUGUUUGGUUCUUCUUGUUGUUGUUAUUUAUAUGAUGACUGCCCAUCCAUAGACUCACACCAAACCAGUGCAAUACUUUGUUUUUCUUCUUCUUUUUUUGUACCGCCUGCAUCAUAUUGAACUGACACAAGUGGGAUGGAAAAUGCUGACUUUCAGUUGGAUUUUUACUCCUUUUAGUUAUGCUCGUUUGACUUCUGUGUUUUAGAAUUUUUCUCAAUUUGUGUGUUUCAUUUUGAGCAUUGUAGGCUGAUGAACGCAACAUGAACUGCUUAUUUUAUGUGUGUAAAAACAUGUUACAAUUGAUCCAGUUGAAUGUGGAACAAGGCCUAAAAUGUCUUGGCUCCUUUCUUUAUUUAGUAGACACUCUGAAAAGCUCUGGAAGAAGCUUUCUCCACACUGACUGUACAGAUUGAGGUACAUUUCCAGGCAAAGUGCUGAGUUGAGUGUAAAUCAGCAGAAUUCUGAUCGUAGAUCUGCCCAUUCAAGCUCAGAUUUCACCACUCGGGAUGAGCAAAAGCUCUGUUUUCCAUUUGGCUCGAGUCUUAUUAGAUUGAAACUGUGUCUAUUUUUUCUCACAGAAGGUGAAAAUUUAGCUGAUAGCAUGCAGACUUUUAAUAAGCUUUCUGCUAAUGUAAUGCUACCAGCGCUAAGCUGUGAAAGUCUAGAAGAUCAGUGUGUGUUUGUGAAAGAACUGGGCUGUUACUGCCACCAACCCUUCUCAUCAUUCGAACCAUGUUAUUAAUCAUGUAUGUUUCUUUUUGGUUCCAUGUUGGAAAUAUGUAAUAUGUUAGCUCUUCAAUUUAUUUAAUGUCUGCAAUCCAAGAAAGUCAUUUACCAUCACUUAAAGUAAGGAGACGGUGUUCAUGAGAGGCAGAGUGUUUGUUUCCUCUCUGAACUUAGAGGCUAGGAUUUAUCCAAACACAGCAGAGAUCAAAUUAAACCGACUUGGGUGUCACCUAGAUGCAGGCUGCUUAUUCACUCUUAUUUAACCUCACUCUAAGGGUAAGCGCCGCCGUGUCAGGUCAAGAAAGCAUGACAAGCCUUUAGUAGUCGCCAGUUAGCGCAGGAUUACCUUGGCAAGGCCUGGUCAGUCACUAACAACCCCUAAGCUUUAAAAUGUGAUUCCUUCAAAAAAAAAUCUUAGUGUCAAUGUAUUUUUCUUUAGAAGCACAUUAGGUCCAGAUUUGGUCACAUUUUCUGGCACCAGCAUUUCCAUGAUAAAAAGUUAUUUUACACAGUUAUGUUUUAUGAUCUGUUUUGAAGUGUAUCUAUGUUCUCCGGCCUGCAUGAAGGAAAUAUGUGAAUUGGGUUGUGGAAUCUGUCGGCAGCUUACAGCCUGCAGUCAGUCAGGUGUGGCGCUCCUGUUUAACUGCAUUAGUGGUAGCUAAACAAGGAGUUUAGCAUCUGCUGCCUCGUAAAGCACUGGUGCGUUGAGUGUUGAAUGUUUCCUUUUUAGAUGUUGAUUUUAAUUCCGUUUUUCGGGGGUUUUGUGGAUGGUUCAGUUAGAAAAUGUGCCCUCUGGAAGAGCCAAAACACAUUUUUAAUUUUUUUAAUAAUUUAAAAAAACACAAAUUAUGUGUUAUAGGCCAACCCAGCAUGUACUUUUACCAUGGGUUUCCAUACACAGCCGAUUUCCAUUCAACAUCUAAGACAUGCUCUUAAGUAAAUUAACACUCAUAAUAUCCACACUUUCUGACCCACGUUCAGAAUCCCUUCUCCCACCAGAUUUUAAAAUCACACAUAUAAAAAAAGAAAAGAAAUAGUUUGGGGAAAAUGCUUGUUUGCUUUUCUUUUAUGAGUUAGAUUAAAGAUUGACACCACUCUUAUAUGUGUGUGCUAAUGGAGCUGUAGACGGGAUUAGCCUAUUUUAGCAUAAAGACUGGAAGUAGGGGGAGACAGCUCUUAAAUCACCUCUAAAAGUAAUUAUUGAACACAUUGUAUCUUGUUUUUUUAAUCUCUUUGCAAAUAUAGAAAAACUUGACAAAAUGACAUUGCUGGGUAGAUGGAUUUGUGUGCUUUCACUAUUAACUGUUGGAUAAACUGUGUUUAGAAAUAGUCAUAGCGCAUUUCUCCCUCUAAAACCACCAUUUGUCCUUUUUAUAUCUCUGUCUGUGUGAGGAUGAAACAAACAAGAUGCAACGUGUUAAUCAGUGAACUUUGUUGAUAGGUGUUUUUUUUUUUUUUUUAUUAUUAAUAUGGCUGCUUACACCUGCCUCCAGUCUUUAUGCUAAGCUAAUCACCUCCCGGUUACAGCCCAAUACUUAAAGCACAGCCAUUAGAAUAUCUGUCUUCUCAUCUAAGUCACAUUAACAGCUACAAUUUACAAAGACUAACAUAAAGUGAAAAUCACAAGUUGCCCACAGUAUUUCCUACAUCAGUUAAAAAAUACUAUGGGAAGAGAAAAGCAUUGGACAUCACCAGAGGGAAUCCACGGCUAAAAAUACAAAUUAACAUCUGGGUUUUAGCACAGGAAAUUGGUAUUACGAACAUUAACAUUUCUUUUGUCUGUCUCGUGACUCUUCCAGAGACCACAACCUCAGUGAAGGCACUGAUUGUAUUAAAAUCACCAUAAGAAUGACAGCGUUUUAGUUCCAGUU